CUUUAUGAUAACAGUUCCUGAUCCGAUAUUCGCCUGCUUGGAACAGAGAGCCAGCUGAGAGAAGGAGGAGGAGGAAAGGAGGAGGGGGACAAGCUCAAAGCAGCUGGAGGAGGGCUCCCCUGACUAGAAGCCAGCGGUGCAACCUCUGCUGCACAUCUGUUCCGCAGCAGGACCGGCCCCUCCCGCGUGCCUGGCUCGGGGCUCAGGAGCUACUUGUGCGCUCCACUACUAGGGGGGUUAGGCUGGGACUGGGACUGAGCCAGCGCGAGCUGGAGCCCUAGUCUGAGCAGGGCCGGGGAGGGUGAGGCAGGCCGGCUGACUGGCCUGUGGGAGGGGAGGGGCGCUCCGGCCCCAGGCAAACUUUGGCUCCCGGUAGCAGCGGAGGUGGCGGCGGCGGCGGCAGCCACAGCAGCAGCAGCGGCGGCGUUGGCAGCAGCGCACGCCCUGCUCUGAGACGCGGCUAGGGGCGCGCCGGCAUGUGGGCGCAGUGCCGGGCCGCCCCGGGCCGCCGCCGCCGCCGCGUGCGCCCGGGGCCAGCUGAGCCCCGGCUCCCGGGCUCCCCGGCCGCCCAGUCUCGCCGACUCCGGGCGAUCGCAAGCUAACCACCUCCCGGAGCCUCCUCCAACAGGGACUAGGGGCCACUUUGGACCGGCCAGGCCCCAUCCCCCGCUUCCUGCACACCCUCGCGUACACCCUGGAGCUGGAGCCGAGAGACGCGACUCCCUCGCCAUCCUCCUCCUCCUCCUGUUGCAAACUCUAGACUGAUUCUUUUCUUUCCCCCAGGGGAAGAGAGAGAUAGAGUCCUUGGGGCUAGGUUGGCAUCCCGAAGGGAAGGCUGGGCGGACUCUGAAGAGACUCCCAAGCCAGGCACUGUAACUACCUCCGACCACCUCGGGGCCAUGGGGGACCGUGUGCUCCGGAGAAAGCUCUGGGCUCCGUAGUAGCCUCGCCUCCUGCCUGCCUGCUUGGUCCUCGCUGGUUUGUUUGGGAUGCCGUUCUCCCUGACAGUUAGCUUCUCAGCCUAGACGGCACAGGGGAGGAGACUUGCCCGUCUGUGAGCCUGUUCCAAGAUGUGUCCGUCGGAGAUGGGGACGCUGUGGCAACACUGGUCACCUGUGCUCUUCAGCCUGGCAGCUCUGUUUUCCAAAGUGUCUGAGAGCCGAGGGAUUUUAGAAAGCAUCCAGAGAUUCUCCUUGCUGCCCACCUACCUUCCCGUGAGCUACCGUAUCAACAAUGCUGAUAUCUCCUUCUUCCUCAAGGAAGCCAACCAGGACAUCAUGAGAAACUCAAGUUUGCAAUCUAGGGUAGAAUCCUUUCUGAUUUACAAAUCCAAGAUGGCACCUUCUUUGAAUGCCAGCUAUGGGCCUUUUUCGGUGGAACAACUUGUGCCCCAGGACCUGCUGCUACCUUCCGAUCCAUUUGGAUCUACCAACAAAUUUGCUCUCAAUUGGAAGCUAAAAGCCUACGUCAUGAGUGAUAAAAUCUACCUGAGCAGGCCCAAAGUUCAGAUCCUAUUUUAUAUAGUGGGCAGGGAUUGGGAUGACCAUAGCACCACAGAGAAGCUGCCCUGCCUCCGAGUGUUUGCCUUCAGGGAGACCAGGGAGGUGAGGGGCAGCUGCCGCCUAGCAGGAGAACUCGGACUGUGUGUAGCCCAGUUGGAGCUUCUGUCCAGCUGGUUCAGCCCUCCAACUGUGGUGGCAGGGAGGAAAAAAUCAAUGGACCAAUCAGAAGGAAGUCCUGUAGAACUUUACUAUUCCAUCCAACCUGGAGAUGAGAAAGGAGAUUGUACCAAGGAGGAGUCAAGGAAAAAUAAUGGAAUCCGACCAGGGCACAAUGAUAUUGAUGAAGUGGGUCCUCCCUUGCAGAGGAUUGGGAGUGUCUUCCUCUACCAGACUCACAGUGGGAGCCCUUCUUGGAGAGAACUUCACUUAGACAAUAAUGUUGCCAUCCACUACGUGGCUAAGACUGCCAAACAAGGAGAUACUCUGACUUUUCCUGUUUCCAUCUCUAGAAAUUCCACUGAGGAUCAUUUCACACUGAGGGCAAAGGUAAAGAAAGGUGUGAAUAUUAUUGGUGUUCGAGCCAGCAACCCACACAUAUGGGAUGUUAAAGAGAGUGUGGAUUAUACAGGGAAAUAUGUAUGUCAGAGAAAAUCUACUACUUCUGAGAACAGUGCGGAUGGUCAAUCCAACGAAGUCAUGCAGAUCGAUAUAGAAAUUGAAGAGCUGAGUGACCUACCAGCCACGCAGCUAGUCACAUGGCAGGUUGAAUACCCGGGAGAGACUACCUCGGACCUGGGGGUGUCUAAAAUCUAUGUGAGCCAGAAGGAUUUGAUUGGAGUCAUCCCACUAGCUAUGGAAGCAGAAAUCUUGAACACGGCCAUUCUCACUGGGAAGACAGUGGCUGUGCCUGUUAAGGUGGUAUCUGUGGAGGAAGAUGGCACUGUGACAGAUCUUCUGGAGUCUGUGGAAUGUAGAUCAUCAGAUGAAGAUGUAAUUAAGGUGUCUGAUAGAUGUGAUUAUGUCUUUGUCAAUGGAAAGGAAAUGAAGGGCAAAGUGAAUGUUGUGGUGAAAUUCACCUACCAGCACCUGAGCAGCCCCCUGGAGAUGACUGUGUGGGUGCCCCGACUCCCACUCCAGAUUGAGGUCUCUGACACAGAACUCAACCAAAUCAAGGGUUGGAGAGUUCCCAUUGUCUCAAAUAAGAGGCCAGUCCGGGACAGUGACGAUGAGGAAGAAGACGAGAGGAGGGGCAAAGGCUGUGCCCUCCAGUACCAGCAUGCCAUGGUGCGUGUCCUUACUCAAUUUGUGGCUGAGGCUUCUGAUGCUGGAGGGCAGCUGGCCCAUCUGCUGGGCUCUGACUGGCAAGUGGACAUCACGGAUUUGGUGAACAAUUUCAUGCAGGUGGAAGAGCCACGAAUCGCCAAACUGCAAGGAGGGCAGGUUCUGAUUGGACAGGAGCUCGGGAUGACCACCAUUCAGAUCCUUUCCCCAUUGUCCGAUGCCAUCCUGGCUGAGAAGACGGUGACUGUGUUGGACGAGAAGGUGACAAUCACUGACCUCGGGGUUCAGCUGGUGACUGGGCUCUCCCUCUCCUUGCAGCUCAGCCCAGGAAGCAACCGAGCAAUCUUUGCCACCUCUGUGGCUCAGGAGCUACUGCAGAUGCCCAAGCAGGAAGCUGCUAUAAGUUGCUGGAUCCAAUUCAGUGAUGGUUCAGUCAUGCCUUUGGAUAUUUACGAUGUAAAGGACUUCUCUCUGAUGGUGACAUCCCUUGAUGAGAAGGUGGUCUCCAUCCACCAAGACCCCACAUUCAAAUGGCCUGUAAUUACUGCUGAAAUGGAGGAAGGGCAGGGUGCCCUGGUGAAAGUGGAAAUGGUGAUUAGUGAAUCAUGCCAGAAGUCUAAGAGGAAGAGUGUGUUGGCUGUUGGGACGGGAAAUAUUAAAGUUAAGUUUGGCCAGAAUGACGCCAACCCCAACACCAGUGACAGCAGACAUGGGGGAAGGGGUCACCUGGAAACCCAUUCCAAUGACAGAAGGUCUAAAACAAGCUGGCAAGAAAGAAUGAGGCCCGAUGGGCAGUUUUUUAGCAAUUUCUCCAUGGACCGCAUGGAAGGGAGGGGACCCACAACAGACAGAUCCAUCUUCUGGAGGAAGAAUAAACAAGAAAAUAUUUUAGACGAUAAUAGCCAUCUACAGACCAUCCCCAUGGACUUCACCAGCUUCCCAGCCCAAGUUGAUCUCCCAAGGAACAAUGGAGAGAUGGAGGAUAAUGACCUAGUCCAGACACCCCGGGGCUUAAGUGACUUAGAGAUUGGGAUGUAUGCUCUGUUGGGUGUCUUCUGCCUUGCUAUUUUGGUCUUCUUAAUUAACUGUGUGACCUUUGCAUUGAAAUACAGGCACAAGCAGGUUCCUUUUGAGGAGCAAGAGGGCAUGAGUCAUUCACAUGAUUGGGUGGGACUAAGUAACCGGACAGAACUUUUGGAGAAUCAAUUGAAUUUUCCCUCCUCUCCGGAAGAGCAGAUCACUGCUAUUGACCGAGGGGUAGAUUUCGAGGAGAGUAAGUAUCUCCUCAACACAAACUCCCAAAAGAGUCUUAAUGGUCAGGUUUUCAAGUCAUCAGAAUCUCCAUUUACUGAUGGGAAAGACCAGAAAAAUGAGCCCACAGCUUCCCCUACCUCUAAGCGGAAAAGGGUGAAAUUUACCACCUUUACCACCAUUUCCUCAGAUGAGGGAUGCCCCACGGUUAACUCCAUCCUAAUGAGCAGCGUAGAUGACAUAAAAUGGGUUUGCCAAGAUAUGGAUCUGGGGGAAUGUAAAGAACUGACAAACUACAUGGAAAGGUUACACGAAAAGGUGUAAUGGGACACGUGAACAUUUGUUUUUCCGCUCACCUUCUGCCUUUAAUUUUGGGUAGUGGGGCACAACGACAUCUCCAAAGGAAAUAAACUGGCAUGAAAAGUGAAAAGGCACAUCAUCAGCUGAGGACCAGAAAACCAUCUGAAGUCAGUGAGAUGGAGUCCCAGAGUCACAGUCAAGAUAGAAAUUCCCAUUCCAAAAAUCUUAUUCAAAGUUAGGUUUAUGCAGGAUUUUCACAACUGAAAAGAAAAAUAAGAUUUGACUUAAUGAACUUUUCCAGGAAAGAACAAUUUCGCUUUCUCUGUUUUUCUCUAUUGAUCUCUCUUUCUCUUUCUCUUUUUUAAAUAAAUGUAGCAAUUUGGAUAUUGCAGAAUCCAAGUAGCUCCCUUACAGACUGUGGAGGAAAAAAGCAAAACUUAGGUUGUUUUUCUUUUUUUUAAAAAAGGAUCAAUGAAAGGAAGCACACCAGCUAAAAUAAGAACAAAAUAUCUAGCCAUGAACAUUAUUGAUAAUGGACAGAGAUUGAUUUCACACUAGAAAAAUGACUGUUGUGACUUCACAUUCCCCAAAGAAUUGAGGGGGGGAAAACUUCCUUGGCAACCGAAAAGGCAGGCAAUUAUUGCCCAGUAGAGAAAGGGGGAAGAUCUCCUGAUAAGAUAUAUGUGUUCUAAGAUAAUGAGAAAUAAACUCCAUGGGGUGCUUUGGAGUAGUUUUUAGUUUUUAAGGUAAGGGAUGGUCAUACUGGCAUCAAUGUCCUGGACACAAAACUCCAAUUAGGUUCAAAGAACCAGUUUCUUUUUAGCAAACUCACUCCACCCAUCUCUAACAUUUCAAUACUUGUUAAUUCAACACACCUCAUCCACAAUCCCUCCAUAUUAUCAGGGUUUAGUCACUGAUCAUAGAGGACUUAACUUUAUCACUCUCAGUAAAGGUUUCUGGGUAACAGAGGUAGAAGUAGGAUAGAAUAAAGGUGCCAAGGGUAACUGGCAUAUGUAGAGCUACAUUCCUCCCUACGAUGGGUCUCUUAGUGGCCACUGCUGAAAUAUCUGGUUCUUUUCAUAGUAUGACCAUUCCAGUUGUUUGCCAGCCUCAGGGUUGGACCUAGACUCUCCCAGUAACUGUAUCCAAGAGGAGCAGACCCUUCCUCUUCCAACCUACCCGAUGGAUUUUCCUUGAGUAACAAAAUCCCGAGUAAUAUCUCUGUUAAGUUGGGAAAUGCUUGCCUUUCCUGUUUGCCCUUCCCCCACAAGCUCUUCAUCUUUUUACCAAGCCAUCUAGGAUCACUUGGUACUUGCUCCCUGUGUGGUUAUUUUAAUAAAGUAGCUGUUUGGGUUUAGUGGUUAUGGAUAAGCGUUAUUCAUGGUGAACUCCACAUAACCUUCCUCUCCCUAACCUUUUAAGAAAAGACCACUGGGUUAUUUCAUUCUCCAUCUUUAAGUCUGCUUGCUGAUAUCUCACAUCUGAAUCCUUGCUCUCAUAGAUACCCAGAUGGAAAAUCUAAGUCUGAGAAUAUGAAUAUACAGGUGGAUAGAAGGAGAAACCCAGAACUUUAUAAUAAAAAAAAAAAAACCUUUUGUCUACCUUGAAAAUCAUUGUACUUCUUCCUUUAUCCAAUUAGAAUGUGAGGUCCUUGGAGGAAGGAACUCUUCCCCCUCUUCCCCAAUUCUCAUUGUACCUCCUGGAUUUAGCACAAAGCCUGACUAGUGGUAAACACUUAAUACAUGGUUGUUCACUUAACUAAUUAAGUUAAGCUCUCUACUAGGCAGCAAAAACACAAAGACAGAAGCAAACCUUAGUCCUUGCUCUCAGAAGCUUACAGUCUACUUGGAGAAAUACACGAUGUCCAUUAAGGAAGGAUCAAGAGGAAAUAAACAUCACCUACUUAGCGAAGGGGUAGGGAUGAGGAAGUGGAAUUGUUAGGGAUCAAGAAAGGCACCUGACCUUAAUACCUGACCCAGAAAAUUGAAGGAAAUUAGAAAUCCAAAGAGGUGGAGGUGAAAAUGAAGAGAAAGUUUGUCCCUAAACUGGAGGUUCAAUAGCCCACCAUCACUUGCUUCCAAUUCUGAAAGUAGUUAAUUUAGUUUUGUUGCUUUUUAAAUCCAGAACACCUCUUCCAUGGUUUUUCCCCCAUUCAUCUUUAUAUCUCUUUAUCAUCCUUAUAUCAUCCAAACAUCCUUAUAUCUCUUUCACUCCUCAUCACUGCCCCAUUCAGCUCAUUGUUUCUUCCCUUCCCCCAUCACUUCCCUAAUCAGAAUCCAUCUAUACUUAGAAUAUAUUGUAGAUUGUAAGAAUGUAAUAUAUAUUUAUAAACAUACUAACUGUAAAUAAAAUUUGCAUUCAGUGGCUUCAGUUCUUCCCUCCUUUCUUCACAUUGUCCCCUGGAAAGGCUUGCCAAGUCGGUUUCAGAGAGCCAUCCGCGCCUCUGGCUUUCGGUAAAUGAAAAUGCAGAUUUAAGGAUCCCCACACAAUCUAAUUACAAACCUUUACAUCAUGUAAUGCUGUUCUUCAUGUGGAGAGGAUGUUGACACCCGAUGAUAAAGUGCACUGUGCAGCAAAGCUCUCAUUCUGAUUUGGAAAGUAUUUGCAAAUAAAUCACAUGUGUACAUCUCUCCUAAAAGCCUGCUGAGUGUGCCUGAGGUGACAGUAAGUGCUAGGGGGGUGAGGCAGGUGUGGAAGCCCCUCAGUGAGGGGUCUGCCUGCCUACAAGAUGGGAUGUCUUCAGUAUAAAUUGUCACAUUUGAAUUUCUCAAAGGAAAAAGGGGCACACUUUGCACCCAGAUUUUGCCUUUUGGGGCAUUUAGUGGGAAAGAACAAUUUGAGAAGAGAAUUCUUGGCCCAUAUAGCAGAUGAAGUGGAAAUAUGGGGACAGCUAGAGUGCAUAAGGUGCUGUACCUGGAGUCAAGAAGACCUGAGUUCAAAUUUGCCUCAGACAUUUACUAGCUGUGUGACUCUGGUCUGGUCAUUUGACCCUAUUCACCUCAGUUUCCUUAUCUGUAAAAUAAAUUGGAGGAGGAAAUCAAAAACCACUGCCAAGAAAACUCCAAAUCGGGUCAGUGAGAUUCAGACACAGUUGAAGGGACGGAACAAUAACAAAAGUAGAAAUAAUGCCAGAUUUGCAAUCAGAGGGUCCAUGUGUUAAGCUCAACUCUUUUUCCUUCUCUGUGACUCCCAGGGAAAGUAUUUUAAA